GUCGCGCAAGGUCUCACCUCCCCUCGACCCCAUGGAGAAGCAACACCUGUUAGUCGUCGACAACGAAACCCGGACCUACUCCGGAGCCCCGUGGAAGAACGGCACCAAGCCAAGCCCCCCACGGGGCACGGACGCUUUCGAACUGGCCGCCCCGAGCGACCGGCACUGCCACGAUCGGUGGAGUGCCGACCACCACAGAAACGAAGAGAAGGAUCGGGCGCGGCGCAAGUUGUACCUGGCGUCGGCCAUCUGCCUCGUCUUCAUGAUCGGGGAGACCGUUGGUGGCUACUUGGCUCACAGUCUGGCCAUCAUGACGGACGCGGCCCACUUGCUGACGGACUUUGCCAGCAUGCUCAUCAGCCUCUUCUCCCUCUGGAUGGCCUCCCGCCCGGCAACCAAAACCAUGAACUUCGGCUGGCAACGAGCCGAGAUCCUGGGAGCCCUGGUGUCCGUGCUGUCCAUCUGGGUGGUGACCGGAGUGCUGGUCUACCUGGCGGUGCAGCGGCUGAUCUCCGGGAAGUACGAGAUCCAAAGCGAGACCAUGCUGAUCACCUCUGCCUGUGCCGUGGCCGUGAACUUCAUUAUGGGGCUCACCCUGCACCAGUCUGGACACGGGCACAGUCACGGGGGCCACGGAGAUAGGCAGGAGAACCCCAACGUCCGGGCAGCCUUCAUCCACGUGGUGGGGGACCUCCUGCAGAGCAUCGGUGUCAUGGUGGCCGCCUUCGUCAUCUUCUUCAAGCCCGAGUUUAAGUUCAUGGACCCCGUCUGCACCUUCUUGUUCUCGAUCCUGGUGUUGGGGACGACACUGACCAUCCUCCGGGACGUCCUCCUCGUGCUGAUGGAAGCAACCCCCAAGGGGGUGGACUUCAACACCGUGCGGGACCUGCUGCUGUCGGUCCAGGGCGUGGCCGCCCUGCACAGCCUCCACAUCUGGGCCUUGACCGUUUCCCAGCCCGUGCUCUCGGUCCACAUCGCCAUCGCCCGGAACACGGACCCCCAAGCCGUGCUGAAGGAAGCCAACACCAAGCUGCAGGGCCUGUUCAACUUCCACACCGUCACCAUCCAGAUCGAGAAUUAUUGCGACGACAUGCGGGAAUGCCGGGAAUGCCAGAGUCCGCUGGACUGACGGAUGGGGUCCCCCCCAUCCAGCUAUACAAACGCGCGCGUGCUCCCACCCUCUCCUCCCCUCAGCAACCCCCCGUAGGCUCGGUCUCCCCCUGCCCUGGGAAGACUUGAGGGGAGGUGGGUCUCUCCCUUUUUUUUUGUAAACCAGACCCUUUCCCUCUUUCUCU